AUGUACGAAUUGAAAACAGUCGUCGUGCCUAGAGUAGAAAGAUUAAAAGAUUUGAAUUUUAAAUUGAUUUCUGAUGGUGUACAAGUUGACAAGUUAAGAUUGGAAUUGGAUUUAAAAACACGUAAAUUAUAUGAUGAAUUUGUAUUGGCUGGAAGUACUGGCAGUAGUUCAGAACGCGAGAAAAUCUUUGAAGCGUCUGUUAAAGCUUGGUACAGCUCCAUCACAAACGAAGAUUUCUUGUGCUGUGAACUGGAACCAUCAAAAUUUUUACGUGAUGCUCGUGACUGGUGGGCAAAACGAUGUAAAAAACCACCACCAGAAAAAUGUGGCGAAUUGUAUUUGGCCAGACUUCGUAAGCGUCAAUUGUUAUUGAAAAAAGAGAUUGAAUUAGCUAAAACUCAAGAGAACUGGAGGCGGCAAUUGUUGGAACGGAAAUUACGUGAAAAAAUUGAUUGGUAUUUCACCGAACUGCCUAUUUAUGUUGCUGAACUGAGAAAAUUUUAUGAAAAAAAUUUGGAAAGAAGGCUGUUGAACAAGGAAAUAUUUUGGAUGAAAGGUAUCCCUGCACAAUAUGAUUUAUUGGAGCCGCCUGAGCGAUUGAAACAUAUGUAUUGUGAAUAUGAAGAUUUUAUCAAAAAUUACGACGGCUUUUGUUCCACUGAAGAUGAUGCUGCAAAAGAUAUUGUCAGAGCAAAUACAGUGUUGAGACGUAAGGAAUGGAUGGAUAUGGAAUUGAGACAAUAUCCCGAAAUCAAUUAUAAAGGCCCUGAACAAUUGUUAUGCCCAGAAGCAAGAGAAGAGUAUUACUAUUCUGCAAGAAACCCAUCGGUCCCAAAACGAGCAGCUGUAAAAUUCAUUGCCCGUGCAGAAGAUUUCAUGAAAAAAUUAUUAAAAGAAGUGCCAACAUUCUCACCAGAACUAAUCACAGCCGAGGCAAGAGCCUCAUAUAAACGAUUUCUCGGAAUCGUAUCAGAUUUCUAUAAUCCUCCAAGGCGCCCUUGUUCAUGGACCGCCUUUUCAUCCAGCUGUUAUUAUUAUGAAGUACACACAAAUUCUCAUCAAGACAGUAGAUCAAAUAUCAGACAAACAAUUAGAAGAAUCAAGGAUUGUGAAGAUUCGAGAUUGUCUAGGUUGGAGAAGGUUGAUAGUAUUGCUAGGAAACAUCGGUUAGUGUCUAAUCUCUGGAAUAAAAGCGUUAUCAAGCGACCGUUGGAUGGUGUUUCGUUUCAGACUAGGGUUAGAUGGAUCUCGUCAAAUACUUGGUUCUCGUUGAAUCAAUUAGCCCAAUCUUGGAUAUAUGAUGAGGAGCUUUCACCGUUGAGUCAAUUGGAACCUUUUAUUAAAGAAAAUGUUAGGCAAAUGGAAAAAGAAAAUCGUAAAGAUGACAUCAAUACAAGAAUUAAGAAUCAUCAUGAAUAUCAAGCAAUUUUUAAAGAACUUAAUGAAGAUCCAGAUUUCUUUUUAGGUGGAACUUAUGAAAUUAGUGCUAUUUUUAAGGUCUCAAGUCUUUACAAAGCACAUGUAGAAGAUGUAAAGAUAGGUAUUGAUCCUGAUAAAGUUGUAAGACAAGUGAUAGAUCUUAUCAAAGAUGUUAAAACAGGUCGUAUUGUUAUUGAAUUGAGAAAAGAUGUUGCUCCCAAAACUGCUGAAAAUUUCAGAGCUUUAUGUGUCGGUGAUGAUCCAAAACUUAGAUACGAAGGUUCCAAAUUUCAUCGUAUCAUUCCCCAAUUCAUGCUUCAAGGCGGUGACUUUGAGAGAGGUGAUGGUAGAGGCGGGAAAUCCAUUUAUGGUGCAAAAUUCCCUGAUGAAAACUUUACAUUGAAGCAUACCGGCCCUGGUGUUCUUUCCAUGGCAAAUUCUGGACCUAACACCAAUGGGUCUCAAUUUUUUAUUUGCACUGUAAAGACUGCUUGGUUGGAUAAAAAGCAUGUUGUCUUUGGUCAUGUUACUGAAGGAAUGACUGUAGUUACUGAGAUUGAAAAAUUGGGUUCAUCAGACGGAACUCCUCAAAAAGAAGUUAUAAUUACUAAGUGUGGUGAAUUACCUGAAAAAAAUGAUUAA